UUCAGGACUCGCCAUUUUAGUUCCUCUCAGUGUCGUUGGAAGUGCGUUGUUUGUAAUUUGGCUUUGCAGCGUCUGAGCUCAAAUAACGUUUUUCUUGUUAAUUUCGUUUUCUCGUUUUUUUCCCCCUCAACCAAUCGACGUCACAAGACAUCAGUACUCAAUUUAAGUUUACACAAUAUCCAGGAACACAGCCAUGAUCACCAGAAAAAGAGGAAGAAGCGGCCUAAACGCUGACAUCACAUGCACAAGUACCUCCCAAGAGAUUGAUAGUGUUUCGAAAGCCAGUGAUACAAGUGAAACGAACAUGCUGACUUCUCCAGAAAGUGACACCAAUGAUUGGGGCCUGGAUGACCUGCUUGGCUCCGGGCUCAACUGGGACCUGGACAACGAUGUGCUUGAUACUUUCGUCAACUUUGAAUCACAGACGACGACCAGUGAUGAGACAGACCAAAGCGCAUUGCUUGACGUUCCCUCAUCCCGCAGUAGAGGUGCAGUCCAGAGGUCAAAACUGCAAGGUGUCUCUGGUCGGAUCAUCAACAAGAACGCCAUUGCAGCGAGGAUGAACCGAUUAAAGAAGAAAGAAUACGUCAGUGGCUUGGAACAGAGAGUUGGUUCUUUGACGACAGAAAACCGUGUUCUCCAGCAGGAAAACGGGAAUCUCAACAAGAGAGUGGAAGAGUUGGAGAAUGAAACUAGGUACUUGAGAGCCGUGUUGGCCAAUGAGAGCAUGCUGGCUCAGCUGUUGUCUAGAUUGAGCGGUGUGAACGGCAUGAAAUUCUCUACCUCACUUUUCCAGGAAUCCAACGAGAACGACCACGAUUAUGCCAUGCCGAGGAAGAGGGUGAAGGUGGAAGACAAAGAUACUGCAGGUGGCGUCUGCCUGCAUGUGGACAAAGACCACGUCUCGGUGGAAUUCUGCACCAAAUGUGCAGAGAGUUCAAGCUUGUCGCAUAAAAUGUAGGGUCAAGUAUUUUACCUUUUCAACGUUUCCCGAGACUGAACAUUUGCACAAGAUGUAAAUGAGGGGACAUGACGACAGUAGUUGUAAAAUAUAGAUUUAACUGUUUAAAUGUGUGCAGAGCUUGAAUGGCAUGUCUUUUGAACUUGCUUUCAAUACAAGUUACUGCUAAACUUGUUGACAGUUUUCUUCUAGGUGCUUGGUCCGCCAUGCUGGAUGAGUGGGUCACAGAACAUCCUUGACUGCUGAAAUCCAUGGUAAGGAUCAAGCUGUAGAAGACUGCACAGAACUGGUUAACUCCUAAGAUGAGGACAAUGCUUUUUGCCAGUUCACGGCACAAUAUGAACUUGGAUUUUGCUGUGGGGAAAGCAGAAGAAUCGGGACCAGCAGCUUGCAUCAUGGCCUGGUAAAUUUAAAAAAAGGUAGUACACGAAACCGUGUAAGUUACAGUUUUUACUGAUUCUUUAUCACACCCCUAAAGACGUCAGAUGCUGUAAUGCUCGUUUAGCAUCUAAAUGAGUAUUUAAACUCUCCUGUUUAUAGUAAUGUUUGACUACAGUACAUUUUACAUCUGUGUCAUUUCCAUGUGUUUCAUCUUGAUUUGUUAAAGCACUUGGGCUUUAUUUGACAGAUGUCAGGAGAAAUGGUAUGUUCUAAAACAGAAUUUUCAAAGGGUCAUGGUUUUUGAGUAUGAUCAUCUAUAUGUGAGAUGUAAUGGAAAUCCAAAGACUUCAGCUGUUUUGAAGUGAAAUGUAAUAAAUUUUCAUUUGAGUAAUGCAAAUUGUUUUGUGUCCCAUUAAGAUGUUAACUACACUCUCCUUCUCUUUUUAGACAGCACUUUCUUCGCUCUCUACAAGAGCCUUUUCUUACUUCUCGUCAAGGUGGAUAAAGAGUGGUGGUGGUUUCUCCGUUAUAUACAAAUGUAUACUGCAAAAUUCCUUAAGGGCUCUGGUAAUUCAGUGACACCCCAAAAAACAAACACACAGCUAUUCUGUUUGGGCCAUUGUUGGUCAGGUCUAAUGACUGUGGCUCCAGCAUUGCAGAUCAACCCAAGCAGUUCUGAAAUGUAUAACUGCAGUUGAUUUUUCUUAUCCUGGUACUCCAUACUGCUGUCGGUGUAAAUAGAACAUCUUAAUUUGUGCCAACACUGCUGU